AUGUCUCUCUCUAUACUCCUCCUCACUUUUACCCUCAUCUUACUCGCCUACCAGCUCUACCAAAAGCUCCGAUUCCGCCUGCCUCCGGGACCGCGGCCGUGGCCGGUGGUCGGAAACCUCUACGACAUAAAGCCGGUGAGAUUCCGCUGUUUCUACGAGUGGGCACAAACUUAUGGCCCAAUCAUAUCCGUCUGGAUUGGAUCGACACUUAAUGUUGUAGUUUCUAACACAGAAUUGGCCAAGGAAGUGUUGAAAGAGCACGACCAGCAGUUGGCGGAUAGGCAUAGGAGCAGGUCGGCUGCUAAAUUUAGCAGAGAUGGACAGGAUCUGAUUUGGGCGGAUUAUGGACCACACUAUGUUAAAGUUAGGAAAGUUUGUACGCUUGAAUUGUUUUCUCCUAAAAGGAUUGAGGCAUUGAGGCCAAUUAGAGAAGAUGAGGUCACCGCUAUGGUGGAGUCUAUCUAUAAGGAUUGCACUAAUCCUGGUAACUUGGGAAAGAGCCUACUAGUGAAGAAAUAUCUAGGAGCUGUGGCAUUCAACAACAUAACAAGACUUGCAUUUGGAAAGAGAUUUGAGAAUUCUGAAGGGAUAAUAGAUGAGCAAGGACUGGAAUUCAAGGCCAUUGUUGCAAAUGGAUUAAAACUUGGCGCAUCUCUUGCCAUGGCUGAGCACAUCCCAUGGUUGCGUUGGAUGUUCCCACUUGACGAAGAGGCAUUCGCCAAGCAUGGAGCUCGUAGGGAUCGUCUCACACGAGCUAUAAUGGAAGAGCACACCCUUGCUCGCCAAAAGAGUGGGGCCACCAAACAACACUUUUUUGAUGCAUUGUUGACACUUCAAGAGAAAUAUGACCUUAGUGAGGACACCAUCAUUGGUCUUCUCUGGGACAUGAUUACUGCAGGAAUGGACACAACUGCAAUAUCUGUUGAAUGGGGCAUGGCAGAGUUGAUCAAGAAUCCAAGGGUUCAACAAAAGGCCCAAGAAGAGCUAGACCGCGUGAUUGGAUAUGAACGCGUGAUGACUGAACAGGACUUCUCAAACCUUCCCUACCUUAUGAGUGUGGCUAAGGAAUCCCUCAGAUUGCACCCUCCAACUCCUCUCAUGCUUCCUCAUCGUGCCAAUGCCAACGUCAAGAUUGGUGGUUAUGACAUCCCCAAGGGAUCAAACGUGCACGUCAAUGUUUGGGCAGUAGCACGAGACUCUGCUGUGUGGAAGAACCCUUCAGAAUUCCGACCAGAGAGAUUCCUUGAGGACGAUGUUGAUAUGAAAGGACACGAUUUUCGACUUCUGCCAUUUGGUGCUGGAAGAAGGGUAUGUCCUGGUGCACAAUUGGGCAUCAAUUUGGUUGCAUCCAUGUUAGGCCACCUCUUGCACCAUUUCCAUUGGGAUCCUCCUAGUGGGAUGACUGCAGAAGAGAUUGAUAUGGGAGAGAGCCCUGGUCUGGUCACCUACAUGAGGACUUCAUUGCAGGCUGUACCUACUCCUAGAUUACCAGCAGAAUUGUACGAACGCAUGGCUGUGGACAUGUAA